AUGGAUCAGUUCAUCUCAGCCUUCCUGUCAGGAACAAAGUUUCAACAGUUGUCUUCUGAAUUUUUACCUUACUACUCCACAUUAAUCAGUAAGGCAGGAGGCAUGCUCUCUCAAGAAACCCUCAAUAGUAUUCAAACAGCUCUUAAAGAGGGGAAGUUAAAGGAUAUGGUUGACAAGAUUCAAGAAUCACUUGUGGAAGCUGAGAAUGCUCCCUUGAAUGUGGCUGUUAUUGGGGAGUCUGGAACUGGGAAGUCCAGUUUCAUCAAUGCCCUUCGAGGGCUGAGUCAUGAAGAUGAGGGGUCUGCUGAUGUUGGUGUUGUGGAGACUACUAUGAAGAAAACUCCCUAUCAACAUCCAAAAUAUCCCAAAGUGACCUUCUGGGACCUGCCUGGAACUGGGACCCCCAAAUUCCUUCCAGAGACUUAUCUAGAAACAGUGGGAUUUGAUGACUAUGACUUCUUCAUAAUUAUUUCUUCCACUCGUUUCAAAAACAAUGAUGCUGUACUGGCACAGGCAAUCAAGAAUAGGGGGAGGAACUUCUACUUCGUGAGAACUAAAGUGGACGAUGAUUUAUAUAAUGAAGAGAUAAGCAAACCCAAGUCUUUCAACAAGGAGAGAGUACUUCAACAGAUUCGAGACAGCUGCCUGGCAAAUCUCAGUGACAUUGGAGUGGCCGAGCUAGACACCUUCUUGGUCUCCAACUUUGACAUGACUGACUUUGAUUUCCCAAGGCUGGAGGAGACACUGCUAAAGGAUCUCCCUGCUCACAAGCGCCACACCCUUGUGCUCCUACUGCCCUGCUUGUCUGAGGCUGCCAUUGAGAUGAAGAGAAAUUUCCUCAAGCAGAAGAUCUGGCUGGAUGCCCUGAAGACAUCGGCUUUGUCCUUCAUUCCUCUCAUGCCAUUCAUCUAUGGCUUUGAUUUGUCUGAGCAGGAAAAAUGCUUGUACCUUUACCGAAGCUAUUUUGAUUUGGAUGAUAAAUCCAUCCAAAAGAUUGCCCAGAACUUGGGCACAUCUGUGCAGGAGCUUACAAGCUCCAUGAAGUCCUUGGAUUUUCCUUCACUUGUGAAAGAUGAUGUUAUAGUGGAAAAGGCCAAAAAUUGUGUUGAAUCCUACUGCUCAGUGAAUGGAGGUCCCACAUCUUCUGUCUUACAGUUUGUGAAAACCUAUUUUCUACAUUUGAAAUUCCUUAACACAGUGGCUGAUGAUGCCAAAAUUAUCUUGCACAAGACUUUAGAGAGCUGA